AUGAGUUUUAGUUUACCUGAACUUCCAUAUGACCAAAAAGCUUUAGAGCCUUAUAUAUCUGCAAAAACCUUAGAUUUUCAUUACAACAAACAUCACAAAGGGUAUUUGGAUAAACUUAACACGCUAGUAAAAGAAAAAGAUCAUGAGCUUAAGGAGCUAAUUAAAAAAGUUCAUGGAGAUAACAAUAAUAUUUCUGUGUUUAACAAUGCAGCACAAGUGUGGAAUCAUACGUUUUAUUGGAAUUCAAUGAAAAAAAACGGUGGUGGUAAACCAAGAGAAGAUUACCAAAUUGCAAAAAAGAUCAAAGAUGAUUUAGGUGGUUUUGAAAAAUUUAAUGAGAUGUUUUCUGAACAUGGAAUAAAUCAAUUUGGCAGUGGAUGGGUAUGGUUGGUGUUAGAAAAUAACAAGCUUAAAAUCACUAAAACUCCAAAUGCUGAUUUACCGCUAAUCCACAAUCAAAUUCCAUUGCUUACUAUGGAUGUAUGGGAACAUGCAUACUACUUAGAUUGUCAAAAUCGUUUUAUGAUACAAGUAACAAAAUUGAACAAUGGCCUGCGUGUCAUUACUGAAUAUAUGAGUGAAGUGGAUUCUGUAGCUAUCAAUAUGAGAGUCAAUGUUGGUAGCAGGGCUGAAAGUGUCGAUCAAAACGGGGUAUCACACUUUUUAGAACACAUGGCUUUCAAAGGCACAAAAAGCAGAACUGCACUUGAGAUUGCUAAAGCUUUUGAUGAUAUAGGCGGAGUUUUUAAUGCCUGCACAGGUAGAGAAAGCACUACCUACUACGCAAAAGUUUUAAAGAAGGAUGUACCAAUAGGAAUUGAUAUAUUAACAGAUAUAUUAAUCAAUUCCACAUUUCCAGAAGAUGAGCUGGAGCGUGAAAAAGGUGUUGUGAUACAAGAAAUUUUUCAAACCAAUGAUUCACCAAGCGACAUUAUUUUCGAUAAAUAUAUGGAAGCAGCUUAUAAUAAUCAAUCAUUUGGCAGGUCCAUUUUAGGUACGCAAGAAACCGUGAAAUCCUUCACCAGAGAAAAAUUAAAUAGCUAUAUAAAUGAACACUACUUCGGUGAAAAUAUGAUACUUGCCGUCGCAGGCAAUAUAGAACAUGAAAAGAUUGUUGCACUAGUAAAAGAUACGCUCUCUAAUAUCCACUCAAAAAAGAAAAUUCAAAAUGAAAGUGCUAACUAUACUGGCGGUGAAUAUAGAGAACACCGCAAGUUAGAUCAAGUACACCUAUUAAUUGGAUGGCCGAGUGUUUCUUGUCAUGAUCACAGUUAUAGUGAUUCUGGAAUGCUAUCUGUUUUUGCAGGCACAGACAGUAGCAAUCUAGAUAAACUUCUGCAAUCUAUCACAGCAGAAUUAAAGAAAUUAUCUACAAAUGAUUUAAAAGAAGACGAAGUAAAUAGAGUUAAGGAAAGAGUAAAAUCUCAAAUUUUGAUGUCCCGCGAAAGCACUCAUUCUCGUGCUGAAACACUAAGUUAUUACUAUGCUAACUACGGCAAGUACAUUAGUAAAGACGAGUUAAUUAAAAAGAUCAGUGCUGUAAGCCAUGCUGACAUAAAAGCAGCAGCAGAGGAGUUAUUAUCUCAGCAUGAAAAAACUACUUUAGCUGCAAUUGGAGAAAUUAACUCGUUACCAAAUUACGAUAAAGUAAUUUCUAUGCUAAAAAUAUAA